UCCUAAAGCUUCUUCCACGUACUCCUCCAGUCCUCCAUAGCUACGUACUAGGAGAUUCCAAGAAAGAGAGGGAGGUAGCCACCAUGCAGGCCGGGAAGAACGCGAUGGAGUCGGCCAAGGAGGCCGCGGCGAACGUGGGCGCGUCGGCGCGCGCCGGGAUGGACAAGACCCGCGCCGCCGUGCAGGGCGGCGUGGAGAAGGCGACGGCGCACAACGCGUCGGACAGGGAUGCCGCGGAGGUGAGGCGGCAGGAGCGCGUGCGGGACGCCGAGGAGGAGAAGCAGCGCGCCGUGCGUGCCAACGCCGACGCCAAGGCGCGCGUCACCACCGGCGGCGGCGGAGCGUACCACCAGACGUCGUCGCAGGGCGCACCCGGGGUGGCGGCGGAGCCGACGGGCGGGCACGUCCAGGAGGGCGUGGCCGAGAGCCGGCCGGUCGGGAUGGCCACCGGUACCGCGCGGCCCAGCGCCGCGCACAACCCGCACGUCGGCAGCGACUUCUCGCAGGCGCGCGGCACCGGCGGCCAGUACCAGUGAUUUCCUAGCGCUAUCUGGAAUUCACUUCACUACGAGUGAAUGAAAAUAAAACUGUCAUGUAUAUCAUGUGUGAGCGAUACUUAAUUACGAAUAAAAUAGAACCACUUCGAUCUGUGUGUUUGCUUUCGUUUGUUCAUUUUUUAUGAAUAAAUACAACCACUUUCCGAUGGAUAAUCAGUGUCAAACGUGCCGAUCUAA